AUGGAGGAGUUCAAGAAACAAGAAGCGAAUGAUCUGAUCCUUCAGCACAUCUUGAACCUCAACUCAGCGCACGGAUACUCCAGGAAUGAAGGUAUCGGGAAUUCUUCGCUGGCCGGUGCGGCGGACUUGUCGGGGCUAGAGCCGUGGCGCGAGCUCUUCCGCGGUCGCGACAUCUACGAUGUGAUCGGCAAAGUCAUCCUGGUCGCUGCCACCGACUCGCCGCAGGAGUUCCGGCGCCGCCGUGACGGCAUCAUGGAGCAGAUAUACACCGCGCCGACCGUGCCGAUUCCGCAGGGAAGGGCUGCAGCUGCAGGCGAGCGCAGCGGCAGAGCGCUGGAGGUGUCGGAUAAGGGAAGCAAAGUGGCGACCUGCACGGUCGCGCCUGCGGAGGAGCCUGAGGAUAACAACGACAAGAAAAAGGGCAUCGCCGCGGCCCAGCACGCAAAUGGCGACGGUGACAAGGCCGACGACGCUGACUACGGUGCGGCUGGGAUGGAGUGGCUGCAGUGUCUCGCUGAUCAGAUGGACGCAGAAAGCCUGGAGAUCAAUGAGGUUCUACGGAUCAAGGACAUCCUCCUAAAUCACCAUGAGCAGUCAGCUGACAACUUGUUCGAUUCACUGAGGAGGCCACAGCUGAUGGAGCUCACUGCGGAUAAAAUCAAGCCCACUAAUCAGGCAGGGGAACCAAACAUGGCUCCCAACUAG